UUAUUGCGAACUUAAAUACAUAUUUUCUUUAAUCUAUAAACAAAUAUAUUGCAAAAAUAUGUCUUAUAAUGAAUUUCCCCGAUUCAAAAGAAAUUAAUUUAGUGCGUUGUUUAAAAUGUGGCAAAAUAUUGAAAUGUUCUCGCUAUGACACAGCUGCUUUGUUGGAGCACAUACGCAACGAUCAUCCCGAAGUUGAUAUUAUCGAUACGGAUACUAAGCAGAAGAGAACAACUGUUACCAAAUCAACCAAAUCUUCACCCAAACAAUAUCGAGAGUCUCAAGUAAAUAGAUCUACUGGUUACUCAGAGCCGGAAGAUGAGAUUAAGAAAUGCGAAUGCUCUGAGGAGGAUUGUGAUUGUGAGGCAGAACAAUAUCAACCGUACAACAGGCAACAUAAUGUCAGUUAUGAAAAUACAGAGGAUGAGGAGAGGGGGCCAAAACGACCACAAUAUCUUAAAGAUGUAGAUAUGACACACUAUUCUAUAACAUCGGAAAUAUUGGACAAAUAUCCCGAAAUAAAGGAGUGUGAAUACUGUCCUUACAAUCCAAAUGCUCAGGUUAUUUAUACGCGACGUUACAAAGUAAAUACACCCUCAACUGUCAACACGGAUGUUUUACAGCGACCCUUUCAACGCAAUUUAUAUUGCACUUCCAUUGAAAAAUGGUGUCCGGCUAACGGCUCCAUCCACUGCCCCAAAUGUGGCUGCAACAAACGACCACUGAUAAAAACAAGAGCUCAACGUUUUUCUCACAAUGAAUGUGCAGCCUGUUGCCUGUUAAGUUGUUGGCCAUUUUGUUUUCUACCCUGGCUAUUGCCCUCGCAAAGUCAAGAGUGUCUGUACUGUGCGAAUUGUAAAACAUUCCUGGGUUUGUAUGAUCGCAAUACCAAUUGUAUACAACCAAAUCGUUUGUAUAUCACAGUAGAUCAGCAAGCGAAAGAUGUUGAGAAAGAUCUGACAAAAGAUAACAAACUAUUGGCUAAUGAAUCAUCACCAGCUCAAAGCUCAGCGGGGGAUAGUGCAAAAUCCAAACAUUUACCCUCCAUAGUUAUAGAUGGCAAAGAAUUACCACCUGAUAUGGUGGCUAAGAUACAAAAGUUUAAAAGAUAUGGCUCUAUGGCAGGCAUUGAUUUAGAUGCAUUAACCAAUCCUUCAGAUUCGGCAAAAUCAACGAAACGUGAUGGCCCCUUUAAAGAAAAUCAAGAUGCAGCUCCAGCCCCCUCUGGCGACAAAGCGAAUAGACAAAGUGUUAUAGACAAUGUUUGAAUUUGGUAUAUGUCUGUGAUGUUACAGUAAGCUUUUUAUCUAUUAAAGCUUUUUUCGGUGUAUUCAACUUUUCGUUUGUUGCUUUAAUAAGCUUUUAUGUAAAAUUUAACAGCAAUGUUAUUGGUGUAAUAAUACAUUUUUAAAAUAAACUAAUUGAGGUAAAGUUAUAUAGUGCAGAUAAUGUAGAAUAACAUUGUGCAACAAAUGAAGACUUUAGGAAAAACACACAGUCUAUAGAUUCUAUUGUACU